UUACACAAAAUUUUCUCAACAACUCCAUUGAGUUGUGGCCAAAAAUUUAGUAAAUCACUUUUAGUUUUCCGCCAAAACAAACGCGCCAAAACAGAUUUCCCUAUUUUAUUAUUUUUUCCCAAAUUUUUAGCGCUCAAUUUUAGUUUCCACUGCAUCUAGGUUUUCUCUUUUCAUUAUCUAAACUAAAUUCUUGCAUCUGUGUGUUCGAUUUUUUGAUCUCUUCCGAUGUGUUCAACCCAAAAUCUGCCUAUCAUGACAAUAAAUGUGCAUGUUUCUAGUAAUACUGAAUCUGCUACCGAUGUAGUUUCAAAUUCACAGCCAGGAAAAAAGAGAAAGGGAAGGGGGAAGACAACAGGGCUUUUAGUUCAAAAGAAACGGAAAGAUAGUGACAAUAGAAAGUUGAAGGUGAUUAUUCCACAUGAUAGAACAGUAGCAGUAGGCCUUGGAGCUAAAGAUUUUGUUACCGAGCUCUCCGUCAAAGUUCUCCAGCAUUCUAGGCAUGAUGUCAAGAAAUGGAAGGAAGUUCCUAAUCUAGCAAAAGAUAGAAUUGUUGCUCAUAUGCUGGACACCUUUCAACUUCCAGACACACAACACAAUCGAGAUACUAUCCUUCAAACAGCUAAUAAUUUAUACUGAUAUCGUCGUAGUAGACUCCACGAUCAUUUCAAGAAAUUUGCUUCGAAGGAGGAAAGCUUGCAGAACAUGCCGGCAGAAGUUAAUGAAGCUGAAUGGAAUUUCUUAGUGGACUAUUUCAGUUCUGAUGCUUUUAAGGUAAUUAGGAGUAUAUCAAAAUUAAAUGGACUAUUAGUAGUAGUAAGCACACCAUUCCUUAGUGGAAGAAGAACGCCAUAAACGAGAGAAUGUAGAGUGUAAACUAAUAGAAGUGGAAAAUCAACUUGUGGAGGAGCGGAAAAAACGAGAAAUCAUGGAAGCUCGUCUGGUGGGUGAUCAAAAAAUAUUAAAACAGGGCAUGAUGGCACUAGUAUCCCAUAUACAAAGUUCCGAGACUGGACUUCCUACUGCAAUUUUUGACAUGAUUGCUAAUUUAAAUGAUUCGGAUGAGACAAGUCCUACAAGUCUUAUGGAUGAUAGCAUGGAUGAGUAGCAUUCCUGACAUCUGGUUCAUGUAGUGCACAAGCUGGUGGAAGAAGAUUUAUUUUUUGGGUUACUAUUAGAAUAGAACUUAAGGACCUUGGAUAUAUGAUACUUUUGUUUGUUUUGUAAGUAAAGAUAUACUUUUUAGGAUUAUUUAGCUUUUGAAAGUUAGUAUAUCCACUGCAUCAAUUUUAUGUA